GGCUGCUGAGGCAGGGAACUCUCUUGUCGGUUGUUACUCUUCGGCCCAGUCACCGACCACCGGCUUGCCGACGUGGCGGGGCGGAAGAGCCGCUGGCUGGCACCAAACGGAUCACCAUGUCUCAGGCUGCCUCCUGUGACGCUGACCCCUCCACAGACCCAACCCCUCCACCCGUUCAGCCCCCCGACCCCAUCCCCAGCCUUGGUCAGGAUGUCCCAGCAGCUGACACACCACCCUCAAAGCCGCUGCAGCCUCUUUUCACCCCUGAGAGUUUCGAUCAUUCCACAGAGAAGCCCUCUGACACAUCAGAGGGUCAGGCUACCCAACCAGAGCCUCCUGCAGAAAGUCAGGUGACAGCAUGUGACCAACCAGUGAGCCUAGAGCCAGACACAGAGGCUGCAGAGGAAGAUGUGGAGAAGGCUCUCCAGGACAAAGAGAAAGGUUGGGGAGCUUGGAGUUCAUGGGGAAAAUCUCUUCUGAGCAGUGCCACCUCCACAGUGGGUCAGAGCCUGACCUCAGUUAAGGUGAAGGCAGGAGAGGCUCUUCGUCUCCACAGAACCUCAGUCGGGGAGGAGGCACAAGAAGAGGAGGAGGGGGAGGGAGCGGAGGAGAAGAAAGAGGGAGGAAGUGAAAGCAGAGAGGCCGACCUGUCCACCUCCGGGGAGCCGUCUUCUGCUAAUGCAGCUGCAGCUUCCAGCAGGGGCGUUUUCUCUACAAUCACACAUGCUAUGCAAAACACUGGUAAGUCAGUGAUCAGUGGAGGUUUGGAUGCCUUGGAGUUCAUUGGAAAGAAGACCAUGACUGUUCUUGCAGAGAGUGACCCGGGUUUUAAAAAGACCAAAACUCUGAUGCAGAAGACUGCCUCACUGAGUCAGAUGUUGAAGGAAGCCAAGGAGAAGGAGCGGGCCCGUCUGAGUAACCAGCCUAUCAGUGCUCCCACAGCUCACUACGGUAUUCUUUUUGAUGACUACCAGGGCUUGUCACACCUAGAGGCCCUGGAGAUUCUGUCCAAUGAGAGUGAAGCAAAGGUUCAAGCCUUCCUCUCCUCCCUGACUGAAGAGGAGCAGGAGGAGGUGAAGAAGGAGCUGAUUUUCAUCAAGGAGAUUUUCAUCAAGCAAGAAGAAGAGGAGGAAGGAGAGGCAGAAGGAGGAGGACAGACGAUGGAUAACGGUGAUCUUAGUUCCCAAUUACACUGUUCUACCCGCUUAUCUGCUGAUGGCGAGGAGUUUGUGAGCGUUCUCACCGAGCUGCUGUUUGAACUUCAUGUUGCCGCCACACCGGACAAACUCAACAAGGCUCGAAUGAGGGCCCAUGAUUGGGUGAGCAAAGUGGAACAACCUGUCACUAUAGAGACAGUUGGCAGGGAAACGCAGGACCAGCAAGGAGAGGUCUCACCAGGAGAGAACAAAAAGGAGGAGAAGAAGAAAGACGGAGAAGAGCUGGGGGAGAAGAAGGGCGACGAGGAGGAGAUGAAGGGAGGAGAAGAGGAAAGGAAGGCAAAGGAGAGCGACCCCAGAUCUGUGGAGGCUGUCUACCUGUCAUCGGUCAGCAGUCUGGCAGAAGUGACAGCUCGCAGCAUUGAGCAGCUCCACAAGGUAGCAGAGCUCAUCCUCCAUGGCCAGGAGCAAGAGAAACCAGCCAGAGACCAGGCACACAUCCUCACCAGGUUGACGUGUGCCAUGUGUAAGGAGGUGGAGUGUUUGGCCAAGAAGUUCUCUGAUACACUGCUUCAUGUUGGGGGCCAGAGGAAAGCAGAGGAGCUGAACCCACUGUUAGACAGUGUGCUGCUAGAGGGCUCCAACAGUACCAACUACAUCCAGAAUGCAUUUCAGCUGCUGCUGCCCAUCCUGCAGAUCUCCCACAUCCAGAACCAACACUGCCAACCCAUCACAGAGCCCCCAGCACAGAUACAGCAUUAACACUAUCUACGCACCCACCUGUCAAAUGUGUCUAUUGUUGUACAGUAAAGUAUAGAGAAUAGACUUCCCAGAAGAAGUGCUUUAAUCUACACCAAGUGCCAUAUAGUAACAGAAUAACAGAAUACAGAGAAUAUAAAAGUCUAACUGAUACAUGUAGCGGUGAUUGUGUGUUUUUACCGCGUUGUAUCUCUGUGUGUUACUUUGUCUGUUUUGUCAUUGAUAUUUUGCUUUGAGGAACCAAAUGAUGUCCAGCCUCAAAAGCUAAACCAAAAAAAA